AAUUGACGAAUUAGCACCAUCUUCUUCUAGAUAUCAAUCGAACAGGCAGAGAGCAAAAUUCCAUUCCCUUAAUCGCUUCUUCCAAUUCGAAACCCUAACAAAAACCCUAACUGACGAAAUUGCUUGACGAGGAUGGAGUUUGAUGAGUACGAGUACCUUGAGAAGACGGUAGGGGAAGGAGAUGGAUCGAAUAGGAAGAAUGAAGAGAACGGGAACGAGAAGAGCGAUAGGAGUUACAGGAAGAGAGGAGAGAGGCAUGAGGAAGAAGACCGUGACGAUGAGCGAGGGAGCAAGAGGUCUCGGGGAGACGGCGAAGAGAACGGUGCGGGUAAGAGGAAUCGGGAGAGAGAGAGGCACAGGAGCAGCCGAGACAGCAACAGAGACCGCGAGAAAGACAGGAGCAGCAGAGACAAGGAGAGGGAGAGGGAGAAGGUUCGAGAAGGAUCGAGAGAUAAAGAGAGCGAUCGGGAGAGGAGUAGCAAGGAGAGAGACAGGAGCGAGAGGGACAAAUCCCGAGACAGAGAGAGAAGAGAGAGGAGAAGCAGCAGUAGAUCCCGGAGGGAGGAGAAGGAACGCGAAGUAGUGGAAAGAGGAAGCAGGAGACACAAGGACAAGAAAGAUGAGCCUGAAGCAGAUCCAGAGAGAGACCAACGAACGGUUUUUGCAUAUCAGAUGCCUCUUAAAGCUACCGAGAGAGAUGUUUAUGAGUUCUUCUCUAAAGUUGGCAAGGUGAGGGACGUGCGAUUGAUCAUGGACAGAAACUCAAGACGAUCAAAAGGAGUCGGGUAUAUCGAGUUUUAUGAUGCCAUGUCAGUUCCAGCGGCCAUUGCCCAAUGUGGACAGCUGUUUCUUGGACAACCUGUGAUGGUGAAGCCCUCUGAAGCUGAAAAGAAUUUGGCUCAAUCUAACACCAUUCCAGGCGGUGUAGGUGGCAAUGGCCCUGUUGAUAGGAAGCUUUAUGUGGGGAACUUGCAUUUCAACAUGACAGAGCUGCAGCUUAGACAGAUUUUUGAGCCGUUUGGUCCUGUUGAGCUCGUUCAGUUACCACUUGACCCUGAUUCUGGGCAAUGCAAAGGUUACGGAUUUAUCCAGUUUGCGCAACUUGAACAUUCAAAGGCAGCACAAAUUUCCUUAAAUGGAAAAUUGGAGAUUGCUGGCAGGACAAUCAAGGUUUCCUCUGUGGCUGAUCAUGUUGCCUCACAAGACGCAAAUCCAAAAUCUGCUGAUUUUGAUGAUGAUGAUGGAGGUGGACUGUCUUUAAAUGCAAACACGAGGGUUCAGCUUAUGCAGAAGCUGGAUCGUUCAGGUAUCACAACAAGCAUUGUGGGGCACCUUGGAGUACCAGGGCUAAAUGGAACAGCUCUUAAUCAACAAGGCAUGAAUCCUGGUUUCCCCACAUCAGUGCUUCCGACAACAGCAAUCCCAUCUUUUAUCACCGAACCAAUUGGCCAGCCAAGUGAAUGUCUCCUACUGAAGAACAUGUUUGAUCCUGCAACAGAGAUGGAACCGGAUUUUGAUGAUGUUAUCAAAGAAGACGUUGAGGAAGAAUGCAAUAAGUAUGGCAGGGUCAACCAUAUUUAUGUCGACAAGAACAGCGCGGGUUUUGUCUAUCUGCGGUUUGAAUCGGUGCAGGCGGCAGCGGCAGCUCAAAGAGCGAUGCACGGGAGAUGGUUUGCCCAAAAGAUGAUAUCUGCAACUUUCAUGCCUUCACAUGAAUAUGAAGCGAGAGCCAAGGCGUGAAUUGCAGGCAAAUAGAUUUUCUUGUUCUGACUUGGUAAACCUAAACCGGACUGCGAUCCAGAUUCAAUCUCUUGUCUGAAACAUGUUACAUAGAUCCAAAGAUUAUUGGGGACCUUUCCUCUGUUUUUUUAAUGAAGAAUUAUUCUUUAGUAACGUAACUCUAUAAUAAUGGUUAUAUGUUGUGUCGUCAUCUUGAUUUUCCUAAAAUCAGCUCUGAUAAACGGUUUAUAAUUCGGAGCAGGAAUUGCUACAUUUACAAAGAAAAAAUAUAGCUAUAUCAUAACGCAA